CACUCCCAUUAAUUAUCGUACCCUGGAGGCUCACGGCUCACGCUAGCCGAAAUUAGUCAGAUCUAAAUCUCGAGAUUUUGCAUUUCUUGAGCUUCGCUUUCCCAAAGUAAUUACCCAAUUUUGCUGAGUAAUCAAAGCAAGAGGAAACCCAUUUCCUAUGUCUCCAUAAUUCUCAAAGGAAAAGCUUGUUCAUCCUUUUUGGGUUAGAUUUUUGAUGGGUUUAGGUCUUUUGGUGUGAGAAAUAAAAUUUAUAUGCAAGAAGAGGGUUUCGCUCAAAAAUGCCUGUUUGGAGAUUUGGGUUGGUUUCAUGGGUCAACAGGAAAGUUGUUGAUCCUCUAAUUCAAAUAAUCAAGAGGGGCGCAGAGGCGAAGCAAUUGGCAUUCUCCACUGGGCUUGGCAUCACUUUGGGAAUGUUUCCUAUUUUUGGGGCUCCUGUAGUUCUGUCUGGAGUAGCUAUUGCAUUAUUAAGAAGUCGUUGCCAUGCUCCAAGCAUUAUGCUUGCGAAUUUUAUUGCCACUCCGCUUCAGAUAAGUCUGGUGAUACCUUACUUGCGGUUUGGUGAAAUCAUCUGUGGUGGUCCUCGUUUUCCAUUGACACCUGAUGCUUUGAAGAAAGUGUUGACUGGGCAAGCAUCCCGUGAAGUACUACUUGCUGUAUCUCAUGCAGUAAUAGGCUGGGUUGUUGCAGCGCCAUUCAUCCUUGGCGUGCUUUAUAUAGUAUUGGUGCCUUGUUUCAAGUAUUUGGUUAAAAAGCUUAGACCUUCUUCAAGCCCAGAGACAGAGCUCGAUUCACAUGAUGAGUUCAUGAUCAAGGUCAGGGAUGCCUAGCUUUUCGUGGUUAUUUUACAGAUCGAGAUCAAGGGUUUUCUAGCUUUCAAUGAUUUUACACAAAAGGAUUCAAAGCUUCAAACUUUCUAACUCCGUAUCUUAUGUAUUGACAUUGUUGCAUUUGUACACUAAAGAGAGUACGUCAUAGUAUAUAUGAUAUUUUCCUCUUCAAAUGCUUAUCUAUUCCAUUUUUAUGGAUGAAGUGAUUUAAUGCAGCCCUUUCCAGGGUAAGAGAUGAUAAGAGGUGUAAAGAUAUGCUAUUUGCAUAGUUGGAUAUGUUAAUGGUGGAAUUCUGUGA